AUGAUUGCCAGAGUCGUUGUUGCUACUGUGACACCUCUUAGUGCAUCUAUUGAUGCCCUUACUGCACGAAUAGCGGUGUGUGAGCAAAGUCAGGGGGCCACUGAGGAGGUGACGACUCUAAAGGCCGUUAUUGCUGAGUUGAGCAAGGACGUGGACCAGUUGAAGUCCACAGAUAUGUCCGUGACUUUUGGGACGGUGGAGAUCCCCAACAUGCCAGCUGAUACAGAUAUGCCUCCAGCUACCACUGGAGAUGAGCUUGGUGUUGAUGAGGAGGCUUCUUAUGAGGGCUUUACGGAGAUUGAAGAGGCCGUGGUAGAUUCAGUUGUGCAAAUCUCAUUGGCAGACACACCCAUGGCAGGCCCUAAUGGAUCGGGUGCUGCUGAUGCUACACUGGGCACUGAUGCCCCGAUAGAUAGAGGGACUGUGUAG